AUGGAACAUCAAUCACAAGAUGGAAGCAAACUGCCUCGUUCAAUUAUCCCUUGUUUGCAAGAUGGUAAUCCAAUUCACGAGUUAUGCCCGAGGCCCGAUGAACUGUUGGCUAAUAGAGAUAUGAACUUCAGAUCCUCACAAACAACAAACGCUCACGUGGAACUUCUCGAGUCACUUGCGAAUCCACAAAGCCAUCGAACACAGAUAAUGGGAACUUCAUAUUCCAGCAUUUCACCAACUGAUGUUGUGCGCUCAUCUGAACUAAGAAGCAUAUUAAAUCAUACACAUGGGCAGGGAGGAUUAAUCGCAGAAAAUAUUGGAUUGAGCCGAAGUCAAUCUGAAGUCCCCUUUCUUGACAUUUCACAGGACCAAUAUUUAGUGCAAGCAUGUCAAAUGCCUCUCAACAACGUUGUGCAACGGCCAGUUGAUCAAUCAACCCAGAGCACCUACAUCACUAAUGAGAUUCAGUCCUAUAAUCUCCCCUUGUCAACUUUGCCUCCUGAGUUUCGUCUUCCGCUGUCUUCCAUACUUGAAGGGCAACGUUUUCACCCACAAGUCUCUAUGUCAUUCAGGAACUCAAGCUAUAUACAGUUAGUUGAUGCUAACAAAAACCAAGGACAUUGGUCAUCUGUAGCACAUGCAAAUGAACAAUCAACUCCGAUGAGGAUGCUGAGUAUUCAAGGCCAUUCAAAUCUUGCAAGUGGAUCAAGUGGCUUUAAUGUGUUUGAUGGAAGUUCUUCUUACUCUAAUUACCCACUUUUGUCAGCACAAAAGAGGAACACAAAUCGGCAAGAUGGUAAGGCUCUUCAUCGCAGAAGUAGGAACCUUUCACGACUUAGGAAUGAUCAAGGUCAUAGAUACUCGCUAUACGAUCCAAUGCAUGAAGCUAUUGGGUUGGCUGUCGAUCCACAUUUAAGAAUUUUUACCUUGAGCAGUAGAAAUAAUGAAAAUGGUACUGGUAAGUGCCUUUACAUAAAUUAUUCAGACAUAACUUCCUAA